AUGGCCGCAGUAACACAAGCAGCAGCAUUGGCCGAGAGGGCUAUUGGUCACGGCGACAACGCUAUCACUGCCCAAGACGUCACCAACCCUGGAAACGACAGAGAAAAGUACGGCGACCCGAAUGAGACCAUGAAGGCUUUGACCUGGGAGGGCAAGAACACAGUCAAGGUCAUCGAGUGCCCCAAGCCCAAGCUCAUCGAGCCUCGCGAUGUCAUCCUCAAGAUCACUGGCAGCACUGUCUGCGGUUCGGACCUCCACCUGCUACACGGUUCAGUUGUCGAGCUUGAGAAGGGUGACAUCCUCGGUCACGAGUUCUGCGGUAUCAUCGACCAGGUCGGUUCGGAAGUCAAGAACCACAAGGUCGGUGACCGCGUGGUUGCCUCUUUCCAGAUUGCCUGCGGAGACUGCAUGUACUGCAAGAAGAAGCUGUCGUCCCAGUGCGAGAAGACAAACUCCAACACCAUCGAGAAUGCCAUGUACGGUGGUCGCACUGCCGGUAUGUUCGGCUACUCACACUUCACUGGUGGUUUCGCUGGUGGCCAGGCCGAGUACACCCGUGUGCCUUGCGGCGAUGUCAAUCUGCUUCACCUUCCCGACGAUGUCCCUGAUGAGAAGGGUCUCUACUUGUCCGAUGUUGUCAGCACCAGCUGGAACUGUGUCGUUGACACUGGUGUCAAGGAGGGUGACGUCGUUGCCAUCUGGGGAGCCGGUCCCAUCGGUCAGAUGUGUAUUGACUUCUCCUUCAUGAACGGUGCAAAGCGCGUCAUUGUCAUCGACCAGAACUGGCGUCUCGACUACUGCAAGUCCAAGUACCCCAACAUCGAGACCAUCGACUUCUCCAACCUCCCCAAGGGUGAGACUGUUGUCAGCACUCUCAAGAAGAUGGAGCACGGUGGUCCCGAUGUCGCUUUGGAAUGUGUUGCUGGAGAGUACCCCAAGAGCUGGGCUCACACCAUCGAACUCAUGGCCGGUCUCGAAACCGACACUCCCGAGAUUAUCAACGAGAUGAUUGAGAGUGUCAAGAACUACGGCCGUUGCGGUAUCACUGGAGUCUACGUCGGCUACACCAACCACUUCAACAUUGGCUCGUUGAUGGAGCGCGGUAUCCGCUUGAUCGGCAACGGACAGGCACCUGUCCACCUCUACUGGGAGAAGCUUCUUAAGAUGAUCCAAGAAGGCAAGAUCGACCCUCUGAAGAUGGUUACACACCGUGUUCGCAUGGAGGACCUCGACAAGGUCUACUACAAGUUCGAUAAGAAGGAGGAUGGCAUGCAGAAGGUCUACGUUGAGACCAAGUUCUCGCAACCCGCUUGCGCUGGCAGCCCUGCUUUGACGACAUACUAAAAACCCCGAGGCGGUGUGGAAUUAUGCUCACCACCUUGAUGAAGUUGACGACGACCAUGGAUAUACCUUUUUGUUGGCACGUUUUGGAAAUGAAAUGAAUUGGGCUCGAAAGUGUUGCGGCCUGACAGGGUCUGCACACGAGCUGGGGG